CAACCUAGAACGUUAUCUUUUCUGUCUGAGGCUGAGCAUUGAAGUGAUAGCCAAAAGACACUUAUCAGAACACAUACCUGAAGAAGGUUAAUAAUAAUCCCACUGAAGCUAGCCAGACACAACUGUAGUCUGUACAGUUCAGGAGUUUAUAGGCUUCAGCACUUUUCAAUCUUCAAGUUUGAAUGCUACCCUUUCCAAAAACUGUGAUACCCUAAUUGAAAGUGGAAACUCGUUGAUGGAGAAACUGAAAUCAUCUGCUAAUUAUGACCCUGGUGCCAGCAGUGAUGAACCAGGUUCAUUUCCAAUAUUCAAACUCUCAGAGACUCAGCAUGAAGAUGAAGCAGGAAAUGUUUCCAAGCAAGAUAGAGCUUCGGUAAAAGCUCCCUCUAACUCUGGAACCAGCAGUAGUAGUAGCAAACCUGUGAACAAGUGGAUGGCAUUUGAUAAGAAACCUGAUGAUGUUGAUGAUGCAACUACAAAGGGUCCUCCUUCAGCUAAAAACAUGUUGAAAGACAGUGAAGAAGCAAUCAUAGAAGAGAGAGCUGCUGAGUGGGGUCUUGUGGUGAACUCAGGAAAUUUCAAAGCAGCAGUAGUAGAGGCUAGUAACUCUUUUGAGGGUGACAGGAGCAAAAACUUUUCAGAUAGGUUUGUUGAGUCAACAAGGACUUCUGGUGAAUCAAAUCGUGGGUCAGAGUCAUCAUCAGGGUUGUUUCCAAGGGUAUCACAGGAGUUGAAGGAAGCAUUGGGUUCUCUGCAACAGACAUUUGUUGUCUCAGAUGCAACCAAACCAGAUUGUCCAAUCAUGUUUGCCAGCAGUGGAUUUUUCACCAUGACUGGUUAUUCUUCAAAGGAGAUUAUUGGAAAGAAUUGCCGAUUUCUUCAGGGGCCUGAAACAGACCAGAAUGAAGUGGCAAAAAUUCGUGAUGCAACUAAAAAUGGGAAGAGUUAUUGUGGCAGGCUUUUAAACUACAAGAAAGAUGGAACUCCUUUUUGGAAUCUUCUCACUGUAACUCCCAUCAAGGAUGACCAUGGAAAGACUAUCAAAUUCAUUGGAAUGCAGGUUGAGGUGAGCAAGUUCACAGAAGGCGUGAAUGAAAAGGCGCUACGACCAAAUGGAUUGCCGAAGUCCUUAAUUCGUUAUGAUGCUCGUCAAAAGGAGAGAGCUAUGGGUUCCAUCACUGAGGUUGUCCAAACUGUUAAGAACCCAAAAUCGACUAUUCGGGCUAAGAAUGAUGACACUUCCACCAAGCAUGAAGAGAAAGAGAAAAUGAAUUAUGAUUUUGCUCUUCCAAAGCUUGUUGAAACUGGGAUUACUAGCACACCUAGCAGACAAACUUCUUCAUUGAACUUUCAAGGUGAUCAUGUGUCAAGGGUGAGUUCUUAUGAGGGAAGGAGCAAGAUAUCAAGAAAAUCAGAAAAAGGUUUGAAAGGGAAAUCUAUGAGUUCUAUAGAGAGAGGUAAGGAGAGGCUGAUUGUUGAACCCGAGGUAUUGAUGACAAAGGAAAUCGAAGGGUUCAACAGGCGGGAGAGUGCACAAAGAGAGAGGGAUAUAAGGCAGGGGAUUGAUCUAGCAACCACAUUGGAGCGGAUAGAAAAGAACUUUGUGAUUUCUGAUCCUAGACUUCCAGAUAACCCAAUUAUAUUUGCAUCAGAUAGUUUUCUUGAACUUACAGAAUAUACAAGAGAGGAAAUUUUGGGUCGAAACUGCAGGUUUCUUCAAGGACCAGAAACCGAUCAGGCAACUGUUGAAAACAUUAGAGUUGCAAUCAGAGAACAAAAAGAAAUCACUGUUCAGUUGAUCAACUAUACUAAGAGUGGAAAGAAAUUCUGGAAUUUGUUUCACUUGCAACCUAUGCGUGACCACAAGGGUGAACUUCAAUACUUCAUUGGUGUUCAAUUAGAUGGAAGUGAUCAUAUAGAACCCUUAAGAAACCGCCUUUCUGAAGGAGCUGAGCAGCAAAGUGCCAAGUUGGUUAAAGCCACUGCAGAAAAUGUUGAUGAAGCUGUCCGAGAACUUCCUGAUGCCAACUUGAGACCAGAAGAUUUGUGGUCAAUUCAUUCUCAACCAGUCUCUCCGCGACCUCACAAAAAGGACCAUCCUUCUUGGUUAGCAAUACAGAAGAUUGCUGCAAAAGGUGAAAAAAUUGGACUGCAUCAUUUUUUGCCCAUCAGGCCAUUGGGUUGUGGAGACACUGGCAGUGUUCAUUUGGUGGAACUCCAAGGCACUGGGGAACUAUAUGCAAUGAAGGCAAUGGAAAAGGCUGCACUUCUAAAUCGUAAUAAGGUUCACCGAGCAUGUGUUGAACGAGAGAUUAUAUCAUUACUGGAUCAUCCUUUUCUUCCAACACUAUACACCUCAUUUCAGACUUCGACACAUGUUUGCUUGAUUACUGACUUUUGCGCCGGGGGAGAGUUGUUUGCAUUACUUGACAAGCAACCAAUGAAAAUUUUCAAUGAAGAAUCAUCAAGAUUCUAUGCAGCGGAGGUUGUCAUUGGUUUGGAAUAUCUCCACUGUUUAGGUAUAAUUUAUCGUGACUUAAAGCCUGAAAAUGUCUUACUUCAGAAAGAUGGCCAUGUUGUAUUAACUGAUUUUGAUCUAUCGUUUAUGACAUCUUGUAAACCCCAGGUUGUGAAGCACUCACUACCUGGUAAGAGAAGAUCACGGAGUCAACCGCCACCAACAUUCGUUGCAGAGCCAGAUACGCAGUCAAAUUCAUUUGUUGGGACUGAAGAAUAUAUUGCUCCUGAAAUUAUAACCGGAGCUGGGCAUUCUAGUGCUAUAGAUUGGUGGACCCUUGGUAUCUUGUUGUAUGAGAUGCUCUAUGGUCGGACACCUUUCAGAGGAAAGAAUAGACAGAAGACAUUUUCCAACAUCUUAUACAAGGAUCUUACCUUUCCAAGCAGCAUCCCGGUUAGUCUAGCAGCGAGGCAGUUGAUUAAUGCGCUAUUGCAAAGAGACCCAGCCAGUCGACUAGGGUCAACUACUGGAGCCAAUGAAAUCAAACAACAUCCUUUUUUCCGUGAAAUCAAUUGGCCUUUAAUCCGCAACAUGAGUCCACCCCCAUUAGACGUUCCUCUUCAAUUGAUAGGAAAAGAUCCUGUGGCAAAGAAUAUAAAUUGGGAAGAUGAUGGGGUGCUUGUUAGCUCCGUUGAUAUGGAUAUUUUUUGAAGGUUUUAUGCAAAAUUUCCCAGGAUGUUUUGUUAGUAUCACGCCUUACUCAUGCUAUAACAAUAGCUGCCAGUGAGAUAUUCAACUGCAAUAUGUCUAUCGAUUUGGUAUAGUCCAUUGUCAAUUUGUGAUCUGGCAAUAGAGAACUUUGAACCAGAUCUAAAUUGUGUAGGAGAUCAUCAUAAAACAAUCUUGUACAUUGAAUAAAGUCAGAUGUUUUACUUCUUGCGACAUGCUUCCUAGCUGUGCUCAUAGUGUAAACACCAAAUUUUAACCUCCCAAACUUUUUGUUUUGUUAAUUCAGUAGUGUUUCCAAGA